AUGAAGUUGCCCUAUCUUUUUGCAGUCAUAAUCGCUGCGCUUAGUCAAGCAGCACCUACUGUCGACGAGAAAUACCCAUACCUUGGACCUAAAGUCCCGAUCGGCGAUUGGGUCGACCCCACGAUUAAUGGCCACGGUAAAGGAUUUCCUCGUCUAGUUGAACCCCCAGCUACUGGAGGAGCCACUGUUGGCAUCAAUAUUUACUACCAGACGCCCUUUGGUCUAGGUGUCGCACCCUCAGUUUACUGGGGAACCAGUCCUUCCGCUUUGAACAAUGUGGCUACCGGCUUGAGCGUGACAUACGACCGGGCUCCUCCCUGUUCACUCAUCAACGUCAUAGAACAGCUUCAGCCAGGUACAACCUAUUUUUAUCAAAUCCCUGCUGCAAAUGGUACCACCCAGUCUACUGUUUUGAGCUUUACAACUGCCCAAGCUACAGGCAACCCAUCUCAAUUCACCAUGAAUGAUGAUGAAGGAUUGGCUUUUAUCUGGCAUGGUAGGGAUCUCAGCUAUGCGGAUAACUGGUAUUCUGGCGUCAUACAGUGUAACGCAAGUAGUUGGCCCGUCUGUUACAACGGCAGCUCAAGCCACCUGCCUAACAAUGACACCAAUCCCGAUUAUUUCGACACGCCUCUCCCAGCACACGAAAUUCCAAAUCAAGGCAGUCCUCGUGGCGGCGAUGUAGGUGUCCUCUACGAAUCCAAUUGGGAUCUUUGGCAGCAGUGGAUGAAUACUAUCACUAUGAAAAUCCCUUACAUUGUUCUUCCCGGCAAUCAUGAGGCCACGUGUGCCGAUCAUGAUAAUUCUCCAUAUGUCCUCUCUUCAUAUCUCAAUGAGAACAAACCAAACACCACCAUGUCUGACAAUAACCCCAACAAUCGCUACUUUAUGGCCGGCGAAAAGUCUGGUGGCAUCGGGAAUUUCUGGCAUUCAUUCGAUUAUGGCUUGGUGCAUUUCGUAUCUAUUGAUACAGAAACGGAUUAUGUUCACAGCCCAGACAAGACAUUUUUGGAGGAUAUCGAGAAGGCAAAGGAGGAGGAAGAUUGCAAUGGCAAGGACAAGGAUUUUCCCAAGUGCAAGCCCAAACAGAAGGAAACGGAUACCUAUGAGUGUAAGACGAUUAACCUAGGUGAUGAGACAGAUCUCUUGGCCGAAGAGAUAUACUUUCUGUCUGGAAAAACACAUCCUUUGGCCAACGAGACUCACAUCACAGAUGCUGGUCCUUUUGGAACAAUCAACGGUUCCAUUAAGGACAACAAGGCUUAUGAGCAAUAUCAGUGGUUGAAAAAGGAUCUUGCUAGGGUUGAUCGAUGUAAAACACCCUGGGUUAUCAUCAUGGGACAUCGCCCUAUGUAUAGCUCCAAGGGCGGCAACUAUCAUGAGCACCUUCGCGAGGCUUUUGAGAAGUUGUUCUUAAAGCACAAGGCUGAUCUCUAUAUUUCUGGCCAUGUUCACUGGUAUGAGCGCCUCAAACCUAUAAGAAACUGCGCCGUCGACAGUGACUCGAUCAUCGACACAAAUACAUACGAGGUGAACCCUGGCUAUUCAAUGGUUCAUCUUAUCAACGGAGCUGCUGGAAACAUCGAAAGCCACUCCACCGCCAACAUGUCUCAGCUUGUGCCUAGCAUAACCGCUGUCCGUGAUCUGACCAGUUUUGGCUUUUCCAAAUUGACCGUCUACAAUGCAACAACUCUUUCUUGGCAAUUCAUCCAAGGCCAGGAUGGUCUGGUCGGUGAUGAACUUAGUGUACUAAAGGAUCCGUCUUUGGCCUGCGAGGGUUACAGUUCUUAUAGCUCCCCUGGCUCGUCUGGCUCGUCUUGCUCCUCUGAAUGCUCUGGAUCUGGCUUGCUUAGCUGGAUCUACUGUAAUAUCUAUUGUUCCAGCUUCUGGGGGCCACUGAAGUUUUAG